AUGCACCGUUUGCGAGCGAGUGUACUGCUCGAGGAACUCCCUCAUGACCCACAUAUACACCUACCACAAGUCCAGGCCCGGGGAGACGGAUCAAAUCCGGUUUUUUUAGUGACUACUUGGACGGAUCACAAAGCUGUUCCGCCCCUCCGUAUGCCCCCGCCGACAGCCGGCGGUAUCAACGAGCCCCAGGAAUGUCCCUAUUGCCGCAGGACAUUCUCUUGUUACUAUUCCCUGAAACGACACUUCCAAGACAAGCACGAGCAGUCGGACACGCUGUACGUGUGUGAGUUCUGUCACCGGAGGUACCGGACCAAGAACUCGCUGACCACGCACAAGAGCCUCCAGCACAGGGGCUCCAGCGGCAUGCUGAAGCGGCUGCUGAAGACGUCCGCGCUGCACAGCGCGCUGGCGCCGGCGCCGCACCACCUGUUCGACCUGGGCGCCGACCGCGGCCCGCAGCUGCCGCCCGGCCUCCAAUGA